CCCGUUCAACAACCGGUUUUCAAUUUCGCAAAAAAACAUGUGAGGUACAGCCUACAGGUGCUAGAUUAAGAAAAUAAGAAAUAGAGGUGCAUGGUGAAAUGUCCAGAAAAGAAGAUGGUCAGAUUAGCAUGGAUAAACUUUUCUCUCCUGUACGAUUAAACAAUGUAGCAAAAUCUAGUAAAACUGCAAAUCUGACAGGGAAUGAGAGACAGAUUAAAGAUGGAUGUGCUGAUUUACACAACGCUAUACAGAAAUGGACAAAAACUAAUCGGGAAGGAACAGAAAUCAUAACAGAAAUAGCAAACAUCAGAAUUUCUACACCAGUCAUUUUAUUUUUUUUAAGAUUACAAUCUGAAGAAGAAAAUACAGAGAAGCCUGAUAAUUCAACAGACAUUCUGAAGUUAGAGUCUCUUUGUGAAAACUUGCAGAGCUGUGUGCAAAAAUUGAAGAAAGUAGUUUUAAAGAUUGGAACAGUUGCAGCAAAGUUUCAAGGAGUUCAGACACUGUCACAGUACAAGAAUGAUUCAGAAGUGCUGUUCCAAACUUGGUCCACACUAGACUUUGUAUCAGCAGCCAAAGAAUUGUCCACAAUGUAUAAGAAAGAGUUGGAACUUAAGCAGUCUAUCUAUGAAAAUGUCUGCCAUGCUGACAGUAGAGAUUCUGUCAUGUUCUUUACAUCUGCCUGGGUACACCAGCCUUAUAUUGAAGAAAGGGCGGAUCUUCUGCUACAGAGCAUGCUCACUGAGACAGGUCAUCAGUCAUGAAUGAACCAAUAAAAAUGGUUGUUUCAGCUGACAGACAAAAAGUAAUUCCAAGAAGGUUCAACGUGAUUCGUAUUUACAAUCCCUUAACAUUUUCAACAUUGUCAAAAAUGUGCUAGAAAGUUAAAAAGAAGAUUGUUGUUCAUAUUUAGCUUAUCAAAAAAGAUUGAGGAAAUAUACUUUGCUUUCAAAGAAGGACAACUGGAAUAGAGGACUGCAUGGACAAAAAUAUGAUUGUUCUUGAAUAACAUUGCUUUAAGGACAUGUAUCAGAAUAAAAUGUCCCUGACAUAGAUUACCUGUUGCCUUUUUUUUAAAAACAAAA